AUGGCGGAGGGGGGCUGUGUGCAGAAGCCCCCUCCACAGCGCCGCAGUUCAAGAUGGCGGCAGGUCGUGAGCGGGAGCCCCACCCUUGACACCCUAUUCAAGAUGGCGGAGGGGGUAAUGUACAGAGACGCUGUGCCGGGCACUGCGACCUGGAGCAUGCGCGGCGAAUACCCUGUGCCCAGCCCCGCCCCCGCCUGCUGCCCGGUCCGGACAAAGCUGCCCGCGGGCGCGAAGGUGAAGAAAGGACGUGUGGUGGAAAACUGCGCCCAGAAAACUUCAGAGCGUCGGGACACCGGCGUCGGGAAGUCAAGCAUCGUGUGUCGGUUUGUCCAGGAUCACUUUGACCACAACAUCAGCCCGACCAUUGGGGCGUCUUUUAUGACCAAAACUGUGCCUUGUGGAAAUGAACUUCACAAGUUCCUGAUCUGGGACACGGCUGGCCAGGAACGGUUCCACUCGCUGGCUCCCAUGUACUACCGCGGGUCCGCUGCCGCCGUCAUCGUGUAUGACAUCACCAAGCAGGAUUCAUUUCAUACCUUGAAGAAAUGGGUGAAAGAAUUAAAAGAACACGGUCCGGAAAACAUCGUCAUGGCUAUUGCUGGAAACAAGUGUGACCUCUCAGACAUCAGGGAGGUUCCCCUGAAGGACGCUAGGGAGUACGCAGAGUCCAUCGGAGCCGUCGUGGUUGAAACAAGCGCCAAAAACGCUAUCAACGUCGAGGAGCUCUUCCAGGGGAUCAGCCCCUUCACAGAUGUAGUCACUACAAAUCUAAAGUUGCGGAAUCCAUCGGAUAGAAAAGUGUGUUUCAAGGUGAAGACUACAGCGCCCCGUCGGUACUGUGUGCGGCCCAACAGUGGGAUUAUCGACCCGGGCUUGACCGUGACUGUCUCAGUAAUGCUGCAGCCUUUCGACUACGACCCCAACGAGAAGAGUAAGCACAAGUUUAUGGUACAGACCAUUUUCGCCCCACCAAACUUUUCAGAUAUGGAAGCUGUGUGGAAAGAGGCAAAACCCGAUGAAUUAAUGGAUUCUAAAUUGAGAUGUGUAUUUGAAAUGCCCAAUGAAAAUGAUAAACUGGGUGUAGCUCCACCGGCGACCGCCCCGGCUGGCACUCCGCUGAGCAGCACCAGCAGCACAGGCGCGACGCCUGCCAGGGGACUCAGUGUGUUCAAACAGGAGAAACGGAAGGUUUGUUUUAGGGAGCUGUCAGACACAGGGGUCUGCUAGGGUUGCUGCUUCUGUUCAUGCAGUUGCCUGGCACGUGCGUGGUACUUACUGUGUGCUGCGUGAAGUAAUUAGAACUGAAAUUGUCAGCUAUGUUUGAAGUUACAGUAGGACCAGUUAAAAGUCAGGCAUGCAGACUAUUCUGUUCUAAAAAAGCAAAUGCGGCGCUUAAUAAAAUCUCAGUAGUGAGCAGGACAGAUGUGCGAGCAAACUUGACUGUGGCGCUGGCGCAGGUUCUCCUGUCCCUGGGGUUUGAGCAGACCAGCGAGCGCAGCAGUGAAGGUGGGAGCUGGCGUACGCUGCUCUCCAGGCAAAUAUUUGUGUUCAUGUGUUUGAAAAAGACAAACGAAAUUGCUGCUUUAUGUUUUGUUACCAGAUGCCAGCAACGGUAACCCUUCUCUAACUGUCACUGUUAGUUGUUUACAAAUGCCCCGGGUAGGGGAUCUGUGGCAAAAGCACCAACGAUCUUCAGGCCAUAUUUGCAUUUAUUAAUUUCUCUGUGUGUGUGUCUGUGUGUACACACUGUCCUUAACAGUCACUCAGGUAGAACUGAAGGCACCUCAGUCAGGUGACAGUGACUCUCGGUGACGUAGUGGCUGCUGUGUGAUUCUCUGUGCCAUUUCAUGCUUACUGGGAGCUUUAGGAACCCCACAGUGGGGACAGGUUGCUUUCACUUUGAUUAGGCUUUGCAGGGAAUAUGUGUGCUGAGGCUGAAAAAAAAUCCUUUCUUUAAAUGUCUAAUAGUUUUAAAAUUUUGUGCGUUUAGUUACUUACUUCUGGGAAUCCUAAUCCUCGAGAAAAAGUAAAUGAGUUGUUUAGAGUGAAAAUAAAUCUUCAGUAACUUUAUUAUUCAAAUACUGCCUCUUUCCAGGGUAAGGCCCUUCCUAAGCCUCCUGGCAGCUUCAUGCCGUGGCUCUUGGCUUUAGCCUCUUAACUCCCUGUACGUACCUUUGGUCCCUCACAGUAGUCAGCAGAAUGGAGCCCCACGUUGACAUUCUUUUUGCUCCUUUAUCCAUCCCAAGGCGUCAGUGAAAAACCUACUUUGCCUUGUAUUUUCCCUUUCCCUUUCUGUCCAGUCCCUAAGCCCUCACGUUUUCUGAUUACCCCGCAAGAGGAAUAACUUGGAAUAUUGGAACUGAAAUUCUGAAGGUUUUUAAAAAAAAUACAGAAGUAAAUUCAGCUCAUAGACGGAGGGGGAUUACUGCAGAGAGUCUGAAUAAUGUAAAACUGGAAAAUGCACGAAAUAGCAUGUUUUCUUCUUGUCUUGAUAUUGUGGCUUUGACCAUUCUGAGUUGCAGUGUCAGACGUAAUGGUUAGUGUGACGUUACUCUUCGUCAGUUGCCGAAGAGGCACAGCAUGUUGAAUCCCCCCGUUGGCUUGUUUCGUGGUCCUCAGGACAGCCACGCUCCCCUUUCUGGACCAGUUGAGGCGCCCCUCAAGGAACUCGCUGCUUUCUGGAGCCAGACCUCAUUGUGGCCCCUGAGAGGAAGCGCGAGGUGCAUAGCCUCAGCGAGUCCACCAGGCUCUUCAGGGGUCCCUCCACCCCCACCGCGUUAGGUCAUGGAUGCUCUUGCGUGACAGAAGUUAAUUUUAAGUAAAGUAGGUUUCUUUGCCUCUGCUGUGUGUGCUGACUGGCUGUGGUGGCCUGCGUGGUGCUGAGCACGUGGUACUCAUGCACUCAGCGUAACUUCUUGAUGACUUCCUUGGCCCACUUUUGGAAAGCGUUUAAGCUUCACUGUAUCCUUGGCGUUCUAACAUUUAUGCUUCACAGAUUGAUUAUGACAUUUUUUCUCCUUUUUCUUAUAAAAGCAAUGUAACAAUAUUAAGAAAAAUUUCAGUAAAAAGAAAAUCUAAUUGUGCCACGGUGAAAAGAUACUGAUUGACAUGUUAUUUAAAAUCUCAAAGAGUAGAAAGCUAGCCAUCAGGUGUCUAACGAGUAAUUGUGGUAAGGCACAGAACAGAAUAUUGAAUGACAUUGUGUCAUUUAAAUAAUACCUAUAUAAAGGAUGCACGUAUAAACAAAUAAAAAAUGUUACAUGUAUGCUGACUCUAAAAUACGCACACGACAAAUGUCGGAAGAUGAUAUAUAAGCAGUAGUUGUGUUGGGCUGAUGAGAGAAUGGGGGCUAUCUUCCUCUUUUCCUCUCAUGAUUCAAUUUUCUGGAACUUCAAGAAUUUGUUUAAAAAUAGGAGGCUGUGAGGAGUUUGAUGAGUCCUCGUUUUAAUUUUUUUCUCUCCAUCUGUUGGCCUCUCAUCUCUCUAUUUUUUAUACUUGUAGUCGGUGGGGAGGCGAUUAGGUUUUAUUUAUUUAUUUUUUAAUGGAGGGACUGGGGAUUGAACCCAGGACCUCCUGCAUGCUAAGCACUUGCUCUGCCCCUGAGCUGUGCCCUUCCCCCACUUCUUACUUUCUUGUCAGCUCUCUGGUAUGAGUGUGGUGUUUUUCUGGAACCUGAAGACUGCUUAGUUGCCGCGUAGCUGGCUCUGGGCCUUUGCCUUCACAGGGAAGGCCACGCCAUCCUUGUUUGCAGACGUUAGUCUGAUUCCAGGUUGGAAUCUGAGCACACUUGAAAAGUCCCUUUGAAAUGAAUUCUAGUUACUGCUAGGGAAAGAGUAGGAAGGAGAGUCAGGUAUGUGCGAGACAGGGUUGUUACUCGUGGCGGGGUGGGCCGGGGGCAGGGGAAGGCGGUGAGGAAAGGGCGAGCGCGCUGGCCCCAGGGGGACGCCGAGCAGCCUGAGGCACUUGUUCACCACGAUUCCGGCGAGCGUCUCAGUGUCUCGAGGCGGAGUGGAGAGUGUUGCUGAGGAGAUGAAGGGACCCUCUCUCUGUUUGCGUCCCAGGUCGUGGAAUUGAGUCCCUUUUCUUUUCCCGUGAUGCGUGUUUGUGUUCAUUAUCUUCCCUUCAGUGUUUAUUUCCUUCCAUUAUCUUUUCCCACUGAUCGAAGUUAGGUUUUCUUUUACGUGUUUUUCGUAGGCAGUCUCCUAAUUUUAUCGGCAUAAUUGUGAUAAUGCCCCCUUUCCCCUAGCACCUCAUUUGAAUGACAGAGUCAGAGCACUGAAAGCUAGCUUCACGUGUGGGUUUUGGCUGGCGUCAGUCACUCAGCGCAGUGCCCGGAGCGCUGGGCUCGGGGGUGGGUGCGGGGAGCGUGGCUGCCACUCCCCCGGCGCUGCUGUAGGAAGGGGCAUCCGAGGGGCUGCGGAGCCUCCCCCGGGACGGAUGAGGGAGAGGGCCACGUGCCUCGUUUGCUUAACAAACAUUUGGUACCUAGAAACCUUCUCAAUAACGAAAUUGAAAAUCGUCAAAACUUCAUUGAAAUACUUUUUUGGAGAAGAAGGAUGUGGCAUUUACGGUUCUUUGUAAGGCCAGUGAGGAGACUGAGUCCAUUAAACAGCUCCCUCCGCUGUCUCUGU